CCCCCCUCCUCAUCAACAAAAGUAAACUCAAAGAAAGAAAAAUGAGAACAGAUUUUUCUUAUUUGCAGAUUCUAGCCAAUUUUUUUUUAUUAACUUCCUACUCCCUUUGGUACAAUGUUUAUAUAUAUAUAUACAUGUAAAUAUAUGUAUGUAUAGAUUUUACAACUCCCUUCCAAAUUUUUUUGUUAUUAAAAUAAGAUCUCACACCAUAAACUCAUAUUCAUCAAAUUGUCUUUCAUAGUUAUAUUUAUACUUUUUGUGACCACAACUAUAGUUAAUAAAAGGAAAGCAGACGACAAUAAAAGGAUAUUGAAGUUGGAAAUUCAGUAGUCGGAUUAUUUCAAAUUACUUCUUUUAUUUUGGACUGCUAACCACUACUACAAGGAUUAUAAAAAAAAAAUUUAUAUGAUAUAACAUUUCUUAAAUUAAAGUGAAUUAGCAACAACAUUAUCUUUGAAACACAUGAAUUCAAAUCAUUUAAUGGCAUAUAAUUCUAUGACAACUUGGCCAGAAUUAACAUAUCAAUUUGAUAUGAAAACAAUGAAACAAUAUCAUAAUUAUAAUACAAAUACUAAUAAUACUACUACUAACAAUAAUAAUAGUAGUAGUAGUAAUACAUUAGAUCCAUAUUCAUUAUAUCCAUCAAAUUCUUUUAGAACAAGUAAGAACUCUUAUCAAAGCAAUAAUGUUGUCAAUUAUCAAUAUGAUAAUAAUAAUAAUAAACUAGAACAAUAUACGAAAUUUGAUACAAUAAUAUCGAAUAAACUAUUGAAAAGUAACAGUUAUAGAAAGAAUAAUUUUAAGAAUCUUCCAAUGAAUCAAUCUGUAUCUAAUAUGACUCCUUCUAAAUUUAUAAAUCAUGAUCAAAUAAUGAAUGAUAAACAGAUAGAUGGUGAAAGAAAACUAUCAUCUCAUUCAAAUGAUAUAAAUUCACCAAAAGAUUUACGAAUACGUAAACAAUCACGUUUAAAUUCAAAUUCUAUGCGUUACAAUAAACAUAAAUUAAAACAAACUUAUCUUAAAAAAGAGAAUAAUAAAAAUACUAUUGAAUUUUCAACAAUUCAUAAUAACCUUUAUAGAAAUAUAAAUAGUUCUGUAUCAAAUUGUAAGAUUCCUUCGGAUAUUCAUUUAAAAAAUCAUUUUGAUUAUAAAAGCUUGAGUCUAUCGAAUUCAUUAUCACCAUCGGAUAAUAAUGAUAAUCAUGUAUUUAACUCAACGUAUAAUUCACUAUUAUCAAAUCCUUAUAUGAAACAACAACAACCAUAUCCUAUAUUUCCACUUAACAACAAUACUACUGAAAUGAUCUCAGAUCAUCUAAUCAAUUCAACUAAUUUACAAAAUAAUAAUUUCAAUCAAAUUCUUUCACAAACACAGUUAACAUCACAAUUUCAUCAAUACUGGCUUCAAAUGAUCAAUACACCCAUAUUAUCAUCAGGAUCUACAACUUCAACGACGACGACAACAACAACAACACCUUCAUUUACCAUGACUACACAAGAUAUAACACCAUUACAAAUGACACAAUCAUUAACACCAUCAAAAAUGUUACCAUUGAAUUUCAUUUCAAAUGAAUUACAAACUUUAAGUUCAUUAUUUUAUCAAACUAUUAAACAAUUACAAAUGAAUCAUAAUUUACCUGUAAAUAUUUCUUUAUUAAAUCAUAUUUAUACAACAAUAUACAAUGGAAAUGUAACAUCAUUACAUAAUCAAAAUCAUACUACUACUAUCGCUAAUACUAAUACUACUAGUAGUAGUAGUACUACUACUACUAAUACCAUUGUCAGUAGUGAUAAUACUUAUCAAAUGAAUAGAAAUCAUGAACAUAAUGGAUCUGAUCCACAAAUUGGAAUAAAUCAAUUAAAAUUAAAAAAUCAAUCAAUAAAAUUGAAUAAAUUAUCACCAUCUAUGAAAAAUAAUGUAAAUUUACAAGUUACUGAACCUCAUAAUGAUCCUAAUAAUAACAAGAGAAGAAAAUAUUCCAACAAAGAGGAAGAUAUUCCUAAUGAUGGUGAAAUAAUGAAUGGAAAUAAUCAAAUAAAAGUUGAUGUAACUAACUGUUAUGAUAAUGAUGAUGGUGAUGAUGUCGAUGAUGAUGAUGAGGAUGAUGACAACAAUGAUGAUGAUGAUGAUGUUAUUGUUGACGAUGAAGAAAUUAUAUUAGAUCCUAAACAGAAUCCUGAAAAUAUUCCAAUGAAUAUUUUUAAAUGUAAUUUAUGUAACAAAUAUUUUGUUACUGCACAUGGUUUAGAAGUACAUGUUAGAAGAGCACAUAAUAAUGGUAAACGUCCAUUUGAAUGUCAGUUAUGUCAGAAAACAUUUGGUCACGCUACAAGUUUAUAUCAACAUGAAAGUGUACAUUGUCAAGAUAGACAAUUUCAAUGUUCACAAUGUGGUAAAACAUUUAAACGUUCAUCUACAUUAAGUACACAUUUAUUAAUACAUAGUGAUACACGUCCAUAUCCAUGCCAGUAUUGUGGUAAACGUUUUCAUCAAAAAUCUGAUAUGAAAAAGCAUACUUAUACACAUACUGGUGAAAAACCUUAUAUUUGUUUACAAUGUGGUAAAGCAUUUAGUCAAUCAUCUAAUUUAAUUACACAUUCACGUAAACAUACUGGUUUUAAACCAUUCUCUUGUUUUCAUUGUUUACGUGCAUUUCAACGUAAAGUUGAUCUAAGACGUCAUAUUGAAACACAACAUGGUACAAUAGAUUUAUAUAAAAAAAAUUAUACAUUAGAUAAUGCAGACAAUAGAAAACAAUCAUCUCAAUUACAUUAUGAUAAUAAAAUAACAUUGAAUUCAUCAUCGUCGUCAUCUCUUUCACCUUUACCAAAUAUUCUAUCAAGUCCUAAAUCAAUUCAAUUACAUAAUUAUUCAAAUUCAUUUGAUCUAAUGGAUUCAUUUCAUCAUUUUAAUGGUUUAAAUUUAUCUACAACAACCAAUACUACUAAUAACAACAUUACUAUUACUACUAAUAAUAAUAAUAAUGGUAACAAUAAUAAUGGUACUGACAAUGAUAAUAAUAAUAAUGAUUACCAUGACUGUGAUACAAUAAAUCCUAAAAAUUAUUCAUUAUCUAGUCCAAACAAUAUCCAUAGUAAUAAUGAUGAAAAAUUAUUACCAUAUUCAGUAGAGAAUUUACUUAGUUCAUUAACAUAGCUUAAUUUAAAAUAGAAACAAUUUAAUAGCAAUAAUAAAUAACAAUUAUAUCAUAAUGAUACAAUAAAAUUCUCAGUUUAUUUCUCCCACCUUUCCCUCCAUCUUUCUCUUUUAUUUGGUAUAAAAAAUGGAUCUGAACAUUUGAUCAUCACCAUCAUCACCAUGACCACCACCAUUCCGAUCAACAUCAUUAUGUUGUAUACAUGAAAUGUUGUUUAAUUUUGUUUUCAUUUUUUUUUGUAACUCCUAAUUUUUUUUCAUUUCAUUUCAUUCAACGAAUUGGAUCUUUUCUUUACUUCUCUUUUCUCUCUUUUUUUUGUUGUUUUUGUUUUGAUUUUAUGAAAGUUGUAAAGAAUGGAUGAUUAAAACUUUAUAGAAGUAUAGAAAUUUCCAAAUCAACACAUAUAUAUCUAUUUCAUAAUUAUCUUCUAUUGUUGUCUAUUCUAGAAUAAGAGAAAGAAAGAAUACACAUUAACUUUAUAGGUUACAUUGUACAGUCAUUUUCAUUAAAUUAUUGGUAAUAAUCC